UUGGUUUUGUAGCUGAUGGGUACAAGAUGUUAGUAGAGAGAAGCACCCAAACAAAUGCAUGGACAUAGACUUACUUCUGUACCAGUUCCAGAGAAGAUGGUGGCCACUGUGCACACCUCUCUCACCUCAACUAAACAUGUUCAACCUGAUGAGCAACUGCUGCACCUGGGUCUCCAAAAUACAGGAGCCAAUCAGGAAAGUGACCAUUCUGGUGGUUGGUCUUGACAAAGCAGGAAAAACAUCCUCUAUUAGAGGGAUGUUAAGAGUCCCCCAUGGUGUGGAAGCGGGACCCACCCAGGGCUGCAUCCGAAAUGAGCUGAGAGUGGAGAACUACCUGGUCGCCUUGCUGGAUGUGGGAGGAUCAGCAGAGUCGAGAGGAGCCUGGAGGGAGCUCUAUGGAGAGGCCCAUGGGAUCAUCUUUGUGGUGGACUCCAGUGACAGGCAGAGGAUAAAGGAGGUCAAGGAGGUUCUUGUCGACCUGCUGAAGCAUCCAAGAGUGGCAGGAAAACCCAUAUUAGUGUUGGCAAACAAACAGGACAAAAUGAAUGCUUUGCUGGGAAGUGAGCUGAUUGAGAUUCUGUCACUGGAGAAGCUGGUCAACCAGAGUCGCUCUCUUUGCCAUAUUGAGCCGUGUUCAGCCUUAAUGGACCUGCGACGCUGGUCGGACAGGAAGACUCUGCGAGGCCUUCGCUGGUUGCUGCGUGCUGUUUGUCUGGAUUACCCUGAGCUGUGUGCUCGUGUAGCCCAGGACAGCAAGAGGCCUCUGCAACCGAAAGAGAAGGAAAAGAACUGGAAAACAGAGAAAGUGCGCAGGAAAACCAAGGGGGAACGAAUGCGAUCCAGCAAGUCAGAUCUUCGCCAGGUUCAUCGGCCAAAAGACAGGGAGAAAAAGGCGAAGGGCGAAGGAAAGCUGCAACCCAUUCGAAACAUGCUGCAAAAGGAAACUACUCUGAAAAAGAAGCUGAAGACAAAGAAGAAGAAGCCGGUUAAGGCCAAGGAAGGUGACAAGAAUGGAGAAGAAGCAAAUAAUCAGGAGGAGGAAGAGGAGGGUGACGGUAAUGAAGGAGAGCAAGAAAACUCUGGUCAUAGAGAGAAAGCCAGCAGUGCCCUCAUCCCCCCGAAAAAAGGCAAACCGAGACGCAAAACAAAGGUGAAAGAAGAGACACUGGAUGAGCCAGAAUCACCUGACAAUGACGAGAAGGCACUCAAAGUUAAAGGGGAAAAGAGGAAGAAGAAGAAAGUUGUCAAAGUAAAAAGGAAGAACAAGAUCAACACGGAGGAGAUGCCAGGAGCUUACUCUCAACCUGUGGACCUGUCUGCAACCUUUGAUCUAUACCGAAAAGCAAUACUGGCUCUGAAGGAACGUCAGGAUCAGGGACAGUGAGAGUGAAUCCUGGUUGUGUCCUGUGACCUGGAUGAAGGAUGUGGUCCACAGCAGCAGCACAUGGUCACACUGCAUCACUUCACAAACUCUCACAUCCUUUUCUGUGACUGCUGUGUCUUUAUCACUUUCUAUAGAUGAUUACUUCAGGCCUGAUCCCUGAACCUAUGGAGUGAAGCUCUGAAUUCCAGUGUGUAGUGAAGGGCAGGUCUGCAUAAUCAUGUAAUGAUAGAAAAAAUUAUACAACAUUAAAAAAAUUAAUAUAUAAAUAAUAUAUACAUAAAAAAAACUUGGUUGUGACCUGGCCAAAAUGUUAAAGGAGGUUCUGUUUGUGUAAAUCUAUGCAAUUUUGAAACUUGAUUUUUGUUAUCCAUAUCCUUUUUUAAAAGAAUAUUUCAUUAUUAUAUGAACAUUUCAUUAUUAACAUUUUCCAGCAAUGAACAGUGCACUGGGCAGCGUAUGGGACAUUGUUGAUGUGACAAACAACUAUAUUAAA